CUUGUUUCCCUUUAAUAGCUGCGGUCCAUUUGCUCUCUGAUUCUGCUACGGGCCUGAGCAAAUAUCCUAUAGCAAGCCUGAGAGUGUGUGUAGGUUUAUUUUUUAAUUGAUAGCUGCACGUUUACGGAGCUGGUGUGUAUGGAACGGGAGUUACAUUUGCAACAAAGGAACUUUUUUUCCUUAACAUUUGUGCCUUAAAGAGGAAAAAGAAAACUGCACUUCAAACCUCACCUGAGACAUUUUGUGUUGUUUGUAGCUGGGACUGCCUUUUAUCCGUGGUUUAAAGCCUGGAAAAAUAACCUGAAUUGAAUUGGGAAAGUGUUUUGAUUUUAAAAUGAGUUUGAACGACCAUUCAAUGCAAGCUCUGUCCUGGAGGAAGCUCUACCUAAGCAGGGCAAAACUCAAAGCUUCCAGCAGAACGUCAGCUUUACUGUCUGGUUUCGCCAUGGUCGCCAUGGUGGAAGUGCAGCUUGAACCUGAACAUAAUUACCCACCAGGUCUUUUGAUUGCUUUCAGUGCCUGCACAACUGUGCUUGUUGCAGUUCACCUUUUUGCUCUCAUGAUAAGCACUUGCAUCCUUCCGAACAUCGAGGCCGUCAGCAACGUCCAUAAUCUCAAUUCUGUCCAUGAGUCGCCCCACGAGCGUAUGCACAAGCACAUUGAACUUGCGUGGGCCUUCUCCACCGUUAUCGGGACCUUUCUUUUCCUUGCCGAAGUCGUACUGCUGUGUUGGGUUAAGUUUCUUCCGUUAAAGAGGAAUCCUGUGGAUUCAGACAGUAAUUCUACAUCAAUAUCACCUGGAAAAGCAGCAGCUAUUACCUCCACGGUCAUUAUGGUACCUUCUGGAAUAAUCUUUAUCCUUUUUGCAGUUCACUUCUAUCGGUCGUUGGUGAGCCACAAAACUGAGCGAGUGGAAAGAGAAUUGGAUGUACUUGUGCAAUUGCAGGAUCAGCUGGACAGAGGGGACACAUUGCAUCCUACUGGUUCUCACUUUGCAUAGGAUUAGUUGUACACUCUUGGAAGAAUAGCCUUAUGACUAGUUUACAGUACUCAGUGUGUGAGAUGACGAAACUGUUGUACAAUCAGUCUACAGGAGCUGUCUAAUCCUCAAUGCCACUCUUGGAUAUGUUGGGACAAUAACCAGUGAAGUAAAAACUACUUUUUCCCCUCAUUUUUAAAUUUAAAUUAAAAUGACAAUGUGCAUGCAUUUACUUGGAUUUGUACAGAUUUUAAUUGGAUUGUUGAAACUUUCAUUAUUAAAGAGAUGGGUUGUA